CCCCGGCUGACCCCCACCUCCCAUUGCAGUGGGGGGCCGGGUGGAUUUCGAAGACUUCGUGGAGCUGAUGACACCCAAGCUGCUGGCCGAGACGGCCGGUAUGAUCGGGCUGCAGGAGAUGAGGGACGCCUUCAAGGAGUUUGACACCAACGGGGACGGGGAGAUCACGCUGGACGAGCUGCAGCUGGCCAUGCAGCGCCUCAUGGGCGAGCGGCUCACCCCCCGCGAGAUCAGCGACGUGGUCAAGGAGGCCGACAUCAACGGGGACGGGACCGUCGACUUCGAGGGUGCGUGGGACGCCCUGGGGGAUUGUGGGUAACGUGCCGCUCGGCCAGAGCCCACACGGGUCACGCCCCAUGGCCCUGGCAAGGGAUUGUGGGUAACGCGCCGCUCGGCCAGAGCCCACACGGGUCACGCCCCACGGCCCUGGCAAGGGAUUGUGGGCCGGUGUUGGUGGACCAUGGCCUGCCAGCUCUAAGAGGGGAUUGUGGGUAAGGCACACUUGGUGUGAGUGGCGCAGGGCUUCUGGGGGCUGGGAUCCCCUGGUGGGGUGGCUCCGUGGGGCUGGGAUCGGUACUAAUGGGGGUCUUUCCCCUGUAGAGUUUGUGAAGAUGAUGUCACGCUGAGGGGGCCGAGCCCCGCCAAGAUCAGAGACUGACCUUGGAGGGGGGGGUCGAGCCCAACUGGCUGUCAAGACACCACCACGAGUGACUCCCAAAUUGCUGCGUCCUGCCCCCCCCCACCUCCCUGCCAACUACCCCCAGAGUCCCCAAUGCCUUCCCCAGCCCCCUCCCACAGCCUUCCCCCACACCAUGUCCCCCCAGACCUCCACCGCCCCCAGCACUCACUCACCUCCCCCUCCACUCCCCACGGUCCUUCCUUUCCUGUCCCCCCCGCCCCAUGGUUCUCUGGAUCCCACCGUCCCCCCAGGUCUCCUCCCCGGACCCCUCCACCACAGACACGCAGCCCUUGUGUGCAAUAAAAGCCGUGUGCUGAACCCAGGCGUCCGAGGGAGGCUUUCUUGGCCAGGGGAUCACGGUUACAACGCGGCAGCGGGGGCUGGGGGGAGGCCGAGCCGAGCGCAGGGU